UAGUACUGUAAAAAUGGCGGACGACAAUGGGGUGAUAGUGAUUGAUAUUACAACAACAUCGGGAACGACAAAUGUUAGUGGAAACGAUUCUAAACAGAAAACGGCAACAGGGAAAGAUAAAGUAGCACGUAAUAAUGAAGAAAGUACUGAAAGGCCUGCAUAUAGAGACAAAAGGCUACGUCAGCUGAGAAAGGAGACUAAAGGACAAGCAUCUAAGUUUCUAGAGAACUGGAAUCCAGAAACUAGCAACAGAGAGACACGGAAGAUGACUAGGAAGAUUUAUAAUGAAAAAUCACGAGGACCACAGGUGCAUGAUGAAAGAGGAACAUAUGUGAGUUUAGGAAAAAAUCUUUGUGAUUGUUUAGAAGAAACUUGCCCUGGAUGCCACUACCCAUGUCCAAAGUGCAAAUCCCCUAAAUGUGGCCACGAAUGUCGCCAGAAUCGAAAAUGGAUUUAUGAGCAGUUAGAAAUAGAAGGAACAGACAAAGUAAUCAAACAUAUAUCAAAAACUAGAAAUGAAUAGAAAUACCCUAGUCAUUAUCAAAGAAGUGUUCAGUACUGAGAUACACUAGAAGUGUACUGGUCAUUAAAAUAAUAUGCAUGGAAAACACUUCAACAAAGGUGUAAUUGAGUUCUGUUAAAUACCAUUUUUGUUAGUUUCAUGGACCCAAGGUUUGGAGAAUAUUUAUACAUACAUAAAAAAUAACAUAAAAUUAUUUCCAUUCCUAAGUAAGUGUGCCAAGUAGUCAUUGAAACAUCCAACUGAGUGGAAAAAUAGUAUUUUACCUUCAUAACAUGAAAUUCAUCAGAACAAAAAAAUGGAUUUUUUAAAAUUAAACUUUACAGUGGUUUACUUUUGAUUUUGAAAUAAAUAUCUGGUAUUAAAUGUGAAUAAAGGCUAUGAAUUCAUGUUAUCUAAGAGGUAGCUUGUAAAAGUACAGUAACUUUUGGAACUAAUUCUUUCACCUCAUCAUGAGUGGGGCUUGGCUGCUGGUAUAUAAUUAAAUUUUCAGGUAACUUUCAGUAUGAAAAAAGUUUCUUAACUAGUUUGUCCACAUGUUUUUUUUCUUAGUAAUUAAGUGUAAUGCAUAGUGCUGUUCAAUAGUCACACAGUUGCAAUAUGUUAAUUUCUGUUGGCAUGCAUGAUGGUUGAUCUUGUACUUCCUGUCAUUAAUUAUAUCAUAUAUAUAUAUAUAUAUAAUAUUUUAUAAACCAUAAUCAUGAUUUGUUUAUAUAGUUAUAUUAAAAUUCACAAUACACUUGAAGAAAAGUACUAAAAAUACUUACUGCACAGAUUUUCUGCAUUUAUCACAGCAACUUGGUAUCUUUCUUUGCUAUCACAGCAACCUGGUACCUUCCUUUGCACCCUGCAUUGUUUGGGGACAACAUUCUGUUUUUAUCAUGGAGGCUGGAAAAGAAAAUUGCACACCACUUGUUGAAAGUGAUAGAGAGAAAGAAAGACUUAUAAUUAUGCUUCAAUUCAAUGUGUGUUUUUAGCUGCUACCAAAUUUGUAAUUAUGCCUAUCCUUCAGGAAAUGUAACAGGCUGCCAGUGCAAGGGAUCAUUUUGGAGUAAACUCUGGUCUCUACUGUCAUGCCAAUUACUUCAUGUCUUGUUACAAUAAAUGAAAAUAAAAACAAGUAAAAAUAAUUUAUAUAUUGACCAAACUUAGUAUAGCAUACUAGAGGAUCAAAAUACUUUGUAAAUGUACAUGUAAGAAUCAACAUCUUUUAUUAUCACUCAUCCAGAAAAAGGAGGAAACAAAGACCUCAAUACGAUAAUAGACAAAUGUCAUCUGCAUUUACAACUUGAUUAUUAGUGCAUUAAAACCUUUUAAGAAUCCUUAGCAAAAAUUAGACAAACUUUUAACUUUUGUAUGGAACACAUAUGCAUCUUUUUUUUAUUAUUAUUUACUAGAAUCAUCUGUUGAUUCAGCUGUCAUGAAGUAUGAAAUCAAUUUAAAUGUUCUGAUGAGUAUUUUCAUCUGUACCUAAUUAAUGUUCAUGCUGUAAAACCAAUACCAUGUCUUUCAUUUUACCUAAUUUUAUUUUGACAGUUCAGUAAAAGAUUAGUUACUAUACUUUAGAAGAGCUUUAUGUUGAAUGUAUAAUUCAAGGAUAUUUACUGUACAUUCAUAAAGAAUUGUUUUGCUAGAUAUUGGUUUUGUAGUUUAUUGGAAAGGAAGUUAAAUGUGAAGUGAUUUGUCACAAGUGUGGCCUUGAUGUCUUGAACUUCAAAGUUUAGGAAACAACUUGAGUACAUUUCCAUCAAAUUGUUCCGAUAUCCUAGUUCAAUACAUAAAAAUCCUGAAAAUUUCUCUAGUAUUUCUGAAAUAUGUCCUGAUGCUACUGUAGUUUAUUCACGACACUUAGUUUUUUAAUUUUGAGCAUUUUCUCUGUUUUACUAUUAGCAGAACCCAUUUGGUUAAUUUUUAUAUCAAAUAUGAAAAAACAGAUGAAUUUAAUAAAAAUUACAAAGUAGCAUACAUAAAACAGACAGUUACAUCAUAAAUACUACAAUCAGCUGUUUUUAGCUCCAGUUGUAUGUUUUAAUUUGCAAUAAAAUAAAAUUUCAAUUAAAA